GGGGCUGCAAGGAAGCAGAUCCCUGGGCAGAGAGCGACUCCUCCGGGCUUCCCUGCCACGUCUGCCAAGCCUGGACGGCGGCUGCGGCAGAUCCCAAGAGCCUCCUAUCCGGAACCGGCUUCCUUUCGGCUCCCCGUCCUUCCAAGGGCCCCUCGCGGGGUAGCAGCCGGUGCUCCGAGGCAGAGGGGCCCCCAGCCUUUGCAGACCGGCCAUGGGGGCGGAAGGGGCAGAGGGGGUGGCUUGAUGCCGAAACUGGUCUUGGGGGGACGUGUGCGCGUGCCCGCCGCGAAUGGACCUGCGCAUGCGCACGACGUGACGUGUCGAGCCGCGGCAUGGGACUCACACUUUGUAAGGCAGGCGCGGGUCCGAAGUCAGCGUGAUCUUGAAGAAUUGGCCAACUAUGAAAAGAAUGUGAACAGAGCUAUUCAUAAAUAUAAUGCUUACAGGAAAGCAGCAUCUGUAAUAUCCAAGUACCCUAGCAAGAUUAAAAGUGGAUCUGAAGCAAAGAAAUUGGAUGGCGUAGGAACUAAAAUUGCUGAAAAGAUCGAUGAAUUUUUAUCUACUGGAAAAUUACGUAAGAUAGAAAAGAUUCGACAAGAUGACACAAGCUCUUCUAUCAAUUUACUGACCAGAGUUAGUGGCAUUGGUCCUGCUGCCGCCAGGAAACUAGUAGACGAAGGUAUUAAAACAUUGGAAGACUUAAAGAAAAAUGAAAAUAAAUUGAAUCAUCAUCAACGCAUUGGACUAAAAUACUUCAAAGACUUUGAAAAAAGGAUUCCUAGGAAGGAGAUGCUUGAAAUGCAGGACAUUGUACUGAAUGAAGUGAAGAAAGUGGACCCUGCCUACAUUGCUUCGGUUUGUGGCAGUUUUCGCCGAGGUGCAGAAUCCAGUGGAGAUAUGGAUAUCCUGCUGACCCACCCAGACUUCACUUCAGAAUCUGCCAAAAAGCCAAAGCUUUUGCAUCAAGUUGUGGAGCAGCUGGAAAGCAUUCGCUUUGUUACGGACACACUCUCAAAGGGAGAAACAAAAUUCAUGGGUGUAUGUCAGCUUCCAGGUAAAGAUGAUGACACCGUCUAUCCUUACAGGAGAAUCGAUAUCCGGUUGAUUCCCAAGGAUCAGUAUUACUGUGGAGUCCUCUACUUCACUGGAAGUGAUAUCUUCAAUAAGAACAUGCGGACUCACGCCUUGGAGAUGGGCUUCACCCUGAAUGAGUACACCAUCCGGCCUCUCGGCAUCACUGGAGUUGCGGGGGAGCCACUGCCUGUGGACAGCGAGAAGGACAUCUUUGACUACAUCCAAUGGCCGUAUCGGGAGCCCAAAGAGCGGAGUGAAUAGCUGGGCCCCCACCAGGCCCUGGAAGGAACUUUCCCACGUAGAACUGGAAGUUGCCCUGGGAUUAGACUUGACUGCUCUGUCCUGUUCUGGAAAGUUUGGGUGGGUGGGGGGAAGCACGGCAACGUAGGUUUUUUAAAAAAACCUGUUUCAAAUGUGCAAGUCAAACAUUCACUGUAGCCAAUAAACAGGAAAUACGACUUUGGCUUGAUUUUAAAAAAGUUCAAGCUUCUUAUUUUCCAUUUAAGUUAUGAAUCUUCUAAUUUCCUGAAAUAAUUAGUAGCCAGUAAGGAUGUAAAACCCUGUGGUGAGAGUUUGAGCUUGGCUGCUUCCUUAAAAGCUCUCCUCGUAUCAGGGAGUUGGGGGCGAUUCAAGAAAGGGAUUCCGGUUCCAACCCUUCCCUUCACCAAGGAGAGCAAGUGGGUCGAGACGUUGCAACCCCUUUUUGGUUUUAUUUUAAGCAGGUAUUUCUUGUGCUUAUUCCUGUGUUCCAAUUGCAGAAGAUCAAAAAUGAUUUAAGCCAAGGAAUAAUCAUUUAAAAAACCCCACGGAUUUAAUGUGUUUGCUUUCUCCUCUCGAAAGAGCGGUUGUUUCAAGAAAAUAGUGCUUUCAACAUUUUGCAGAAGACUUUGCUAGAAAGCAUCAGAAACCUUAUCAGAGCUUCCAGGUUUCCACUUCAGUUGAAAGGUACCAGGCCAGUUGCAUGCAGGGUCUCCGAGCCAAGCAUUCUCGCCUCAGACAUGUGCGCUUCCUGAUGCUCUGAGGCGACAAGAGAAUGCUGAGCUCAGGAGAUCUUUGAAGUUCCAUUUGGGAAGCGUCUGGACCCAAGCGAAAGGUCUCACGUUACGCAUGGCCGCUGCAACAUUCAGCCGUAGAACUGAAUCAGGUGAGGGGCUUAGUCCAGUCAAGUUGUGCGGGAACAGGUGGCAGUUCAAAGAACUGAGAAGCAGAUUCUCUUAGAAGCCCAUGUGUUAAAAAUGCUCCAGUGCUAUUUUGGAGGUUUGUUUAGGCACAUGCAGCAGAUAUUUCAACUGGACUCUUUCACCAGUACCCCAGCAUUCACUGUUCUGCUUUCUGAAUGCCUACAGACUGCAGUGUUCAGUACCCCUCUGUGUCAGCAGCAGAACACAGCCCCUCCCCCCUCCCCUUCAUUCCCAUUUCUGCCUUAGCAGCUAGGGAGUCUCAGGAAUCUGUCCCCAAAAGAAGUAGGCGUCUGGAAGCUUUCAGAUUCGUGUUAAUGUCAGGGUUCCAAAUAGCAUCCAAAAUUGAAUCAGAGUCCGAGGCAAAGCAUUCCUCAAAGUUCCAAUUCAUUAAGAG